UUAAUUUACUUUUUCCAGAAUUUCAAGCCAACCAAGCAGUGCAGAAGAUAAAAUCGAAGGACCUCAGAUUCUUUAGAUCGUUCCCCCGCCAUCGUCGCAGCCAUGCCGGUCUUCAAAACCCCAUUCAACGGCUAUUCCGUCAAGUUCAGCCCCUUCUACGAGUCCCGUCUAGCCGUCGCCACCUCCCAGAACUUCGGCAUCCUAGGCAACGGCCGCCUCCACGUCCUCGACCUGCCUUCAUCUCCAACUCCCCAAAUCUCUGAGCUCGCUUCCUUCGAAACUGCCGACGGCGUCUACGACCUUGCCUGGUCCGAGUCCCACGAGUCCCUCCUAGUAGCCGCCGUCGCCGAUGGCUCCCUCAAGAUCUACGACCUUGCCCUCCCCGCUUCCUCCAACCCCAUCCGCUCCUUCCACGAGCAUACCCGCGAGGUCCACUCGGCAGACUACAACCCCGUCCGCCGCGACUCCUUCCUCUCCUCCUCCUGGGACGAUACCGUGAAGCUCUGGACCAUCGACCGCCCCACCUCCGUCCGCACCUUCAAGGAGCACGCCUACUGCGUCUACUCGGCCGUCUGGAACCCCCGCCACGGCGACGUAUUCGCCUCAGCCUCCGGCGACUGCACCCUACGCGUCUGGGAUGUACGUGAGCCUGGCUCCACCAUGAUCAUCCCCGCUCACGAAUUCGAGGUCCUCUCCUGCGACUGGAACAAGUACGACGAUUGCUGCAUCGCCACGGCCUCCGUGGACAAGACGAUCAAGGUCUGGGACGUGAGGAGCUACAGGGUCCCGGUCUCGGUUCUGAAUGGGCACGGCUACGCAGUGAGGAAGGUGAAGUUCUCGCCGCACAGGCAAAGUCUGAUGGUCUCGUGUUCGUACGACAUGACCGUGUGCUUGUGGGAUUAUAUGGUGGAGGACGCUCUCGUGGGGCGGUACGAUCACCACACAGAGUUUGCAGUCGGGGUGGAUAUGAGCGUGCUUGUAGAGGGUUUGCUCGCCAGUACCGGCUGGGACGAGCUCGUCUAUGUUUGGCAGCACGGAACCGACCCGAGAGCUUCCUAAAAGGAAAGUCUUUUAUUUUAUUUCUUUUUGUAUGGAUUUGUUGUGUUUUACAUCUUGAGGUCAACGCGAAGCCGCUUAGGCAGUGAAAA